GGAUUGGCACCACCAAAGGCCAGAGCCGGAGUAACGGGAUUCGGGCGGCGGGUCGCAGUCCCCGAGCCCGAGCGUCUGACGUUGCCACCAAGUGCAAAGCCCACGUCGUACCCUGAGCAGGACGCGAGCACCAUGCCUUACCUGCUCAUCAGCACUCAGAUCCGCAUGGAGGUGGGCCCCACCAUGGUGGGCGAUGAGUACUCGGAUCCAGAGCUGAUGCGGCAUUUGGGGGCCUCAAAAAGAGGUGUCCUGGGAAACAACUUUUAUGAGUACUACGUCAAUGACCCUCCUCGAAUAGUCCUGGACAAGCUGGAACGCAGGGGCUUCCGUGUGCUGAGCAUGACAGGGGUGGGCCAGACACUGGUGUGGUGCCUGCACAAGGAGUGACCCUCACACCGAGGAACAGACAGGACACCCCUUCUUUGAGUGGUUGCCAAUGAGCCCUGAUCCCAAGCCCCUGCCUCACUCACUGCCCUGCCCCUUUUCCCAAAUCGUCAUUAUCCCCGGCCCAGCACCACUGGGCAGUUAACAGCCUUCUUGAAACCUGUCUCGGCAGAGGCAGGGAGGGCAGGCCCCUUGCCGUGGUGCUCCCAGCUGCCCCUCCACCUUCUGGCCUGGCUGAGGGUUCUGGAGGAGUCCACGUUCAUGAGCAGGCUGAGGGGCUGGCAAGAGCCGACUGCCUUUGGCCAGGAGCAUGGCCCCAGCACUGGGCGGGUGGGUGCUACGUAGCUAAUCCAAGUCAAUAAAGGGCUGUGAUGCUUGGCUGAUCCUAAGCUCUGCGUGUGCAGGGACUCUCAGCAAGUGGAGCACCUCUCUGGGGGUCUUUCCUCUGCCAGGGAGGGAGAGCUAGCCUGGGCAGGGCUUGGAGGCAGAGCCCAGACCCAGGGCCAUACUUAGGCCAGCACCCUACACCUAUGUAUGCAACAGAAGUAGACUUUAAAAAAACAAUUUAUUGGUGAGGUUUAAGAAAAGGG